AUGCGCUUGCUCACUUACGUGCUCACAGUUCUAGUGGUGUUUGUUGCAGAAACUGCUGGGUCAACAAUCACUGCCGACAAAGAGGCUAACGACGCUGCUCGCAGCACGCUCCCUGCCUUAUCUCGCACGAACAGGACCCUGCCCGUCGUGCUAAGGACAGGGACGUCACACGACGAUGCCGCAGUCGAGACCGACGACGAAGGCCAGCACGAUGGAGAGGAGAGGACCGGGAUGAUGCCGCAAACAUUCGAAGAAGUCCCCGCAAUGAUCCAUCACUUCGCAACUUUUUAUGAAAAGGAAAAUGCCGUCGCUAGUCUCGCCUCCCACAUGUCAAAUAGCGAGGUCGUUGCCAAAAGAGAGAUCACGAACGAUAAGGCGUUCUUGAAAAAGCUAGGAGUUUCCAAGACGAAGAAGACAAAGAAGGAGAUAAAGAAGGAGAUAAAGAGGGAGAUGAAGAAGGAGAUGAAGAAAAAGAUGAAGAAGGAGAUGAGGAAAAAUAUGAAGAAGAUGAUUGAGGAGAUGAAGGUAAAGACGAAGAAGACGGAGGGCCAACCCUGGAACCCUAGGAGCGUGGCUGAGUCUCUCAUCAGCACGACGUCGAAUGAAAAAGAACGUCGAGUCCAGGUUGAACUUGCGGUCAAGAAAUUGCUCAAGCGUCGUAGCAACCCCGACAUGACAAGAUACGCCGACGACGUACACCGUGAGCUGGUUGACAUGUAUGGACGACAGUAUGGGGAGUCAUUGGUCAAGGUCUACCUCAAGGCAAAGGUGACACCGAACCAGUUUGUCGACAUGAUGUGGGGCUCAAGAGAGUUGUAUGUUACUGGUGAGGGCUUCAACGAGGAGAAGAUCAAAGUAUUUGAAAAAGCCAUGAUGUUUAUGGCGGAAUACUAUCUUCCGGUGCACAAAAAGGACCUGUUAGGCGAUGUACUGGACUACGUCCGGGCCAAGCUUGAUAUCUUACUUCCACCUAAGGCAACCGGGAAGAGGGAUAUUCUGAAUCACGAGUCAACGACUUAA